AAUUCAGAUCCUCUCAAUCACUAUAUUAUCUCUGUUACCGGCACAAGGAGUUACAUGAUGCUACUUGGACUGUUACAGAGACUGCUUGAAUGAAACAUUGAGAAUUUUGGGGGUCUUGAGAAUGAAGUUUUGGGGAGGCUUUUUAGUGAUCGUUGGUUCCAUUUCCUUCAUUGGAUUUGUGUUUGUAGCUAUAGUCUCCAAAUUGUUUCCACUCUCUGACAAUCCCAUUAUCCAAGCUAUUCAGAAUGACAGGUACUACUGCUUCUUGGCUCCACUGACUCUACCAGCUCUUCUGGUUGCUGUCUACUUUCAUUGGCUUAGCAUGAAGCUCUUCAAGCACGCAUGAUACAUCUCACGUAGCAACAUCUUAAUCCAAGGGAACUAUAACAUCUGGUCCGAAGCAUUCUUCUGAGGCUGUUCCGAUCACGGUUGUUUGUCACAUCUCAUGGUUGGAAGGAAUUUGGACUUUCUAGAGAUUUUUAAAACUCUGUUGAAGAAAGCUGUUCAUGCAUCUUUUGUUCAGACUUUUUGUUACAGAAUCCAAAAGCUGGAGAUGAGUUGUAAUCUUUCAGAAUUCAUACCAAUUACUCAAUGUUCAACAGUUUUGUGUACAUUCAUGUGAAGUUACUUUCACAUUGACAUCAAACCAAGAAAGAUAAGGAAAAUAAAUGUUAGAUGAAUUG